CACACUCAAUUGAAGAGUUCAGUGUGUUGCACAAUUUAUGUCUCCAUCUAGAACAACUGCAUUAGUGUGUUAUGAAAUAUGGCCAGGCGGUUUUUAAAAGAAACAUAUCGUCCCACCCAUAUUAUGAUGAACUAAGUCACUUGGUAAGUUUGAUGAACAAUCUGCUUUAAUUCCAGAGACAGUUGCGCAAACGACCUCAUUUCACCACACACGGCUAGAAAAAGCAUUAGUCUGCACUUUGCAUUCUUGUGUUUGGCUUUCUUGAAAAGUAGGUUCCCUUCCAGACCAGAAUGACUCAACAACCGCUCCUGUCACUGCCCGAGUUUCAGGACUUGUCGGUGGGCACUUUGGUGAUAAAGGAGCCACUGAAUUUCUGGGGAGGAGCGAGAGUGAAGCCUAAACAAACAAAGAACUCCGAGCCAGUGUACGAACCUGCAACUGGUCGUGUGUUGUGUGAUUUGAUUCCCUGUGUAGAGGAGGAGGUAGACCAGGCCAUUAAAAAUGCUCAUUCUGCAUACCUACAAUGGCGCAAACGGUCUGGGAUGGAAAGAUCCCGGAUCAUGCUUGAGGCUGCCAGGAUUAUUAGGGAGCACAGAGAUGAAAUUGUAAAAGUGGAAGUGAUCAACAGUGGCAAACCCAUCAUGGAGGCUGAGAUAGAUAUUGACUUUGCAGCACAGUGUAUUGAGUACUAUGCUGGCAUUGCCCCCACAUUGUCAGGCCAGCACAUACAACUUCCAGAAGGAUGUUUUGCGUAUACCCGAAGGGAGCCAUUGGGCGUUUGUGUCGACAUAGGAUCCUGGAAUUAUCCCUUCUCAAUGGCUGUCUCGAAGUCAGCCCCAGCAUUGGCCUGCGGCAAUGCCAUGGUGUUCAAACCAUCUCCCCUGACCCCAGUGACUGCAGUCAUUUUGGCAGAAAUCUAUAAAGAGGCCGGUGUCCCUGACGGACUCUUUAAUGUGGUACAAGGAGGAGCUGAGACUGGAUCACUGUUGUGUCACCAUCCAACAGUGGCUAAAGUGUCUUUCACUGGCAGUGUGCCCACAGGAAAGAAGGUUAUAGAAAUGGCAUCCAAGGGUGUAAAGCCGGUGACUCUAGAGCUUGGAGGGAAGUCGCCUCUUAUCAUCUUUAAAGACUGUGAACUGGAGAAUGCAGUCAAAGGUGCCCUCAUGGCCAACUUUCUCAACCAGGGAGAGAUGUGCUGCAAUGGCACACGAGUGUUUGUGCAAAGGGAGAUUAUGUCGCAAUUUUUGGAAGCAGUGGUGAAAAGGACCAAGGCUAUUGUUGUCGGUGAUCCCUUGCAAGGCGAGACACAAAUGGGUGCUCUUAUUAGCAAACCUCACAUGGAAAAAGUGUUGGGUUUCAUAAGCCAAGCUAAACAACAGGGUGCAAAGGUUUUGUGUGGUGGAGAGCGAUUUGUUCCCAGUGAUCCCAAACUGAAAGACGGAUACUUUGUGUCUCCAUGUGUGCUGGAUAACUGCAGGGAUGACAUGACUUGUGUGAAGGAGGAGAUUUUUGGCCCUGUGAUGUCAGUUUUGCCUUUUGACACAGAGGAAGAGGUCCUUCAAAGAGCUAACAACACAACAUUUGGGUUGGCAUCUGGAGUCUUCACCAGGGAUAUAGCUCGUGCACACAGAGUGGCUGCGAACCUUGAAGCAGGAACGUGCUACAUUAACAACUACAAUGUUUUUCCAAUCGAGGUUCCUUUUGGAGGCUACAAGAUGUCAGGUUUCGGAAGGGAGAACGGGCAAGUGACGAUUGAAUACUUCUCUCAGCUGAAGACUGUUGUGGUGGAAAUGGGAGACGUGAAAAGCCUCUUUUAAGCAAUUGUGGGCUUAAACAUUAACACUUCUAAUUAAAAUGUGAUUUUUACAGUGUUUAGAUCAAAAGUGUCUCUGUUAGGUUGACAAAAUCCUAAGUACAUUUGGAAUUACCAUUGAAAUGUGCCAUUAAGUCAAACAAAGAUACACAUACAGACCUUUAAGAAUGUGCGUUACCUCCCGCGGCAUUUGGCAAUUCGUCAUGCAGAAUUUGUAUAUGCAUAGCUGCCAAGUGUAGAAACUAACAUUGCUGUUGUAGUAGUUGGUUGUUUUUUCUAAACUCCAGCAGUCUUUGCUGCAACAUUUGUGUUCUGUUAUCAUUCCCAACACGUGGAAACACUAACAGUAUAUUAACUGUUAAACAUCUAUGUAUUUUCCUUAGUACUGUGAAACACAUGCAUUUGACAAACAGUGUCUUGUGGUAUUCAAAACUAGCUAAAUUAAUCCAGACUAGUUAAUAGCAAAAUUAAAUAGAAAGAAAGCAAGUGCCUUCCAGCCUCUUUCUAGUGAUAACCAUACAUUAGACAGCACUUUGUAGGAAGUAUUAACACUAAUUGUUGGUCCUAGAUUUGUUAGUUUGUUUAACUUUCGCUCUUUUCCUACUUUGCAGCACAAUAAAGACUUUACAUUUGUCUGGUGAUUUGCAAGUUUGUAGCAUUUCAAAUUAAAGCACUUGAGUUCCAAAAAA